AGAGGGAGGAGAGAACCGGGGCUCGCCGCGAGCCUUCGAGAGCAGCAGCCGCGGAGGCGGCGGCGGCGGGCGGGAGCGGCGGCGGCGGCGGCGGCGGCGGCGGCGGCGGCGGCACAGGCUCGGGGCCAGCCGGGCGCGCAUCCCCGGGCGCCCUGCGCGGCGGAGAGCUUGGCGGGCCGCGGGAGCCGCGGGACAGGAGUGGACAAAGCAAGAUGGCAGGGAUCUUAGCCUGGUUCUGGAACGAGAGGUUUUGGCUCCCGCACAAUGUCACCUGGGCGGACCUGAAGAACACGGAGGAAGCCACCUUCCCGCAGGCUGAGGACCUCUAUCUCGCCUUCCCCCUGGCCUUCUGCAUCUUCAUGGUGCGGCUCAUCUUCGAGAGAUUUGUAGCCAAACCCUGUGCCAUAGCCCUCAACAUUCAGGCCAAUGGACCGCAAAUCGCUCAGCCCAAUGCUAUUCUGGAAAAGGUCUUCACUGCAAUUACAAAGCAUCCUGAUGAAAAGAGAUUGGAAGGCCUCUCCAAGCAACUGGACUGGGACGUUCGAAGCAUUCAGCACUGGUUUCGACAAAGACGCAAUCAGGAGAAGCCCAGCACCCUGACGAGGUUCUGUGAGAGCAUGUGGAAAUUUUCAUUUUCCCUUUAUAUAUUUACCUAUGGAGUCCGAUUCCUAAAAAAGACUCCCUGGUUGUGGAAUACAAAGCACUGCUGGUACAACUACCCCUAUCAGCCACUCACAACUGACCUUCACUACUAUUACAUCCUGGAGCUGUCCUUUUAUUGGUCUUUAAUGUUUUCCCAGUUCACUGAUAUCAAAAGAAAGGACUUUGGCAUUAUGUUCCUGCACCACCUUACAGCCAUUUCCUUGAUUACCUUUUCAUAUGUCAACAAUAUGGCCCGAGUGGGGACCCUGGUCCUUUGUCUUCACGAUUCAGCAGAUGCUCUUCUAGAGGCUGCCAAAAUGGCAAAUUACGCCAAGUUUCAGAAAAUGUGUGAUCUCCUGUUUGUUAUGUUUGCCAUGGUUUUUAUCACCACGAGACUGGGUAUUUUUCCUCUCUGGGUGUUAAAUACCACAUUAUUUGAAAGCUGGGAGAUCAUUGGCCCUUACCCUUCCUGGUGGGUUUUUAACCUACUGCUAUUGCUAAUACAAGGGCUGAACUGCUUCUGGUCUUACUUGAUUAUAAAAAUGGCUUGCAAAGCUGUUUCAAGAGGCAAGGUGUCCAAGGAUGACCGAAGUGAUAUUGAGUCUAGCUCAGACGAGGAGGACUCGGAGCCUCCAGGGAAGAACCCCCACACUGCGACAACCACCAACGGGACCAGUGGUACCAACGGGUAUCUCCUGACCGGCCCUUGCUCCAUGGAUGAUUAAUUACCCAAAACUACAAGUCCCGAACAAAGUGAACUGUUUGUUCCUGGAAGUAUUUAAUAAGUUGCAAAUGCAGUUGCUUUCAUAAUAUCUCAGCACCCGAAACAAAAUCAAAGCAUUUUGAAUAGUGCACUGCCAUGUGUCCUGUCUGUGAAUGAAGAAUUACCAUUCUCUCUAUGUAGGCAUGCUGUAUGUAAUUGACACAAGGGAACAGUAUUUGCAUUUGUACUGUCUUAGGAUAUUAUUUAUUUUUUGUAUUUGUUUGUAAAUCUGUGGACAAAAGAGGGUUUCCUCACUCCUUUUCCUCUCUGGGUUCAUGACAGUGAAGGAGAUGCUCCAUCUGCCUUUAGCCCCUUCUCUUGCUGUAGUCCAAUGUGCUGUGAGCAUCAGCUUAAUUUGUCACUUAGAAGUAAGCAAAUCCCAGUGCAAGAUUCUCAUACAGCUCCAAAUAGGUUUGCUUUCUUUGUGUUACUGUGCCCAUUUUGAAAUUGCCUGUGCAGUCCCCAUGACCAUUUAAACAGGAUGAACUAAGGGUUUUAAUUGUCACUCUUCAAGGUCAAUUGGCAGUUCGAAUUAAAGAGGAUGGUUGUUGGAGGACUUUUAAAAAUUGUUUUGUAUUAAAUUGCUUUGGAAUAGACUUCAUUUAUUGUGCACACAACCAAGAUUUUUUCAGUGAGUGUGAUAGCAAGUUGGAGAUUAACCUUGUAGGUUACAGAGUUGGUUUUCUUCUGCCCCCUCUAGUGAUAAGGAAGUAUUUGCUACAGCUCAUGGUUAUAAACAAAGAAAUCACUCUUAAUAUUGACAGUUUGUCCUAUGUUCUGGAAAUAACAUAAAAAGUAUAACUGAUUUCAACCGAGUCUUGCCACGACCCCUGUAAUUGGUGCAGUCUUCUGUCAUGUCAUGACAGAAAGAAGCUAAGUAUAUUUUGGGACAAAAAAAAAAAGGAGUCUUUGAAAAGUUGACAAAGAUUACCUCCAGUGCAAAGCACUUUAUUGCAACCAGCUUUUAAGAAAAAGCCCUAUCUAGUAUUAGAUCUUAAUGUUUUUAUUUUGCUGAGCAAAAUAAAGCCAAUGGGAGAAAAACUAUUUUCCCCUUUGCUUUUCCCCUCAGACAUUCCCCAGAAUGACUUUCCUUCUACUAGAAACUGAAUGUUAUUGCACUCCAAGGCUUCUUUGCUUUGAAGACUUUUUUGGUUUCCAGGAAUUUUUUUCAAAUGAAGCUAUUUCCAGGAAAACAAAAAAAUUCUUUUGAACAAUGGUAAUAUCUGCAAUUAGGAAUAUUACUGUAGUUGCCAUAAAGGCUCCUAUGUGGCAGUGUUAUUUAUGUACAGAAAACCAUUCAUAAGCCAAAGAUUUUAUCUCUUCUAACUUUCAGGAAGAGGGAAUAAAAAGGGAUUACAAAUACUUAUUUCAUAAAUCAAAAAGACCAUCAUCUAAAACAAGAGUCCAAAACAAAAAUGCUGUACUAUAAAUGUGUGAAUCAGGGCACAGCAAAGACAGCAGCUAAAUGCUAGAGAGUGCCUGUCCUGCUCAAAGCCAUUCACGUUCACUUUGAUUUUUUGAAAAAAUUAAAAUAAAGUUUUGUGCCCACAAUUUGCAAA